ACUCGAAGCAGCGUAGCAAUCCACAUAGCGUUUACAACGGUAUUAAUAAUGAUCGAGUGUAUCCAACUAUUACCCUGUGUACACUGCAAAUAUCAAUUGCGGGGAGUUAAUACAUCUUUUGCUUUUUGGCGCGCGCUGGUGGUUCACGGCAAUACAUUCUCACGCUGACCAAAAAGUGUCGUCUGCCGGGAUAUAUCUUUCGAUUUACGGAAUGAUCCAACGCCGUCGGUGGAUGCACGAAGAUCGUCUGCGAGGAUAGCGGGGAAUGAUGAUAGAAUAACACUGCGCUGAACUUGCUUCAUCUACCAUGAAGACUUUACGACGGAAUGAGGUUCCAGCGGCGUACAGGGAGCCCUACAUCUUCUCCCGAUACAGGGCAUGCGGCAGUACCCUCGGCACUUGCCUCCUCAGCGCCUUCCACGCCACAAACGAGACCCUCAACUUCUGGACCCACUUCGUGCCGUUCCUGGUCCAAGCCCUCGUCACCGGCCAACACGUCCUGGACCCGUCUUUCAGAUCGGACCCGUUCAACUGGCCGUUCCUGGUCUUUACUCUUUCAGGCUGCUGCUACAUGCUGGGCAGCUCUCUAGCUCACAUGUUCUCUUCCUACUCGGAGUUCUGUCACUAUAUAUGUUACUUCAUCGACUACUCCACUGUUAGUAUAUACGUCAUGGGUUUAUGCGUAGCAUACAAGGAAUAUGCGUUUCCGCGGUACGCUAUGAACUCGGCCAUCCAUCGCAUCUACCUUCCUAUGGUGUUUCUCCUCUCCAUUCUCUUCUCUGCAACCUCCUGUGGAACUAGGUAUUCUAGACAUCAUUUACUGAGGAUUCAUGGUAGAAAAGUGACCUUCCCAGCAUACUUUGCGUGGUGCAAUCUCCCCCUCGCCUACCGUGCUCUCUUUGGCUCGUCAUCGUCAUCGACAGCCGAUGCGUACCACAUUGCCCAGACCGUCGCCGCGAUCGUUGCUGCGGCAACUUACGGAUUACACCUCCCCGAAGCGCUGGCCCCUGGUCGCUUCGACUUCAUCGCCCACAGUCACCAGCUUUUCCACCUCUCCACCGUAGCUAUGACCUACUGCCAGUAUCGCUCCCUCUCCGUUGAAAUGCACGACCACCGGGAAGCCCUUCUGGAUCUGAGUGGCAUGCCGACUUUUGCCGAGACCUUUGGGAUAUUGCUGGCGAACGUCUUUUUGCAUGGCGUCCUUAUAUUAGGACUUGGUCUGUGGCUUCGUAAACCCGGCCAACUUGCGAAAAUUCAUCAUUUGGAAGAAGCUCCGAGUAUACCUCAAAAGAAAGACUAAAAGCUAGGGAUUGUUUUAAAAUGUAUCAAGGGCAUUCCAUUAUUCUCAGUAAUAACGAAUCGGGAACGGUUCUCGUAAUAACCAGCCUUGUAGAUUUACAAUUUUGGAACAAUCGUGAGAAAUAGCGCAUCCUACGAUAUCUGUACGAUCUCCGGGCGUCCCCUGCAGACAUCUACGAUCAGCGCAGGAGCAACAUACGAUAUCUCUACGAUGUCUGGACGGCCUCUGUGUACGUCUUUUUAUUUGGCCUUGUAUGAGAUGCACAACAUAAUGAAAUAUCAUACGAUGGUCGUAAAUAUUGCAAACUUAACUAUAAAUCGUCCGUAGCCAAAUACGAUGGCCCUACAAAUCGUAGAUUAAUCCGAUAGGAAAAUCGUAGCAACUUUGAAAUAGGCAUAAGUUAGUUUUACUAAAUUAACGAAAAUUCGUAAUCACUGAACUUUUAAAUGAGGUAAUAUGGUUAUAAUACAACCACUCUAUUUCAUUGUAUUAAUUAUUGCAUAUACUCGCCUUUCGUUUGUUUGUUGAAGUGUAUUUUUUUUACAUUAUUUAUCCAUCAUUCCUUACUCUUUUUUAUCAAAAGCGUAACAACAUUGGAAACGUAUAGUCUGUACUCAAUAAACACUUUUAACCUGCUUAUUACCUGUGACCACAUUAAUCAACUUGCAAUAUGAAUAUGUAAAUGGAUGUGUUUUGUGUUCUUAGGUUUUUAUAUCCUCUUUCAUUUUGGUUUGGGGGCAUGAUUCGCUUUUUCUUUGUCUCUUCAUUUUGUCACAUAUCACACCUUGCAUCAGUUUGACCCAAUUGAAAUAUAAAUCGAACCCUUACUGAAAUAUUUGCGGGAUUUAGGUCACCUUUUACACUCUGUAUUGUUUUUAAUAUUCUUGAGGAAUAUCAUCAGUUUACCAAGUUAACAAAGCAAUAUGCGUAUUUUCUUUCAAUAUACUUGCCGUAGAAAAGUCACAAACAUUUAGCAUUAGCAAUAUGCAAGUUUAUAAAUUGGUAUGAGUUUAUUGUAUUUCGUUUGUAUUAAAGUUACCUAUUUGCACUACAAGCUCUUUGAUUUUUUUUUUGUAAUCACUUAAUUGUAUUUCUGUAUUUCUGAUUUGUAUAUUGAAGAUUGAUAAAGAAAUAAAAUAAAACAAGAAGUUCGAUUGG